CACAGCAGCGCUGCAUUGCGAUGGGUCUGACGUGCCCGCGCCUCGCUCAUUCACAUGCUCAUCAUGGAGGAAUAACUACAGGUACCUGCCGUGCAGAAAAGGAGGACAGGAUUAUACCCAACGACAUCUUCAAACGUUGUCUUGAUCAUACGUUUGUUGCACUGUUGCAACAAAGAAGACAAGCGCAAUGAAGCAUUUUCUAAGGGUACUGAGCCAGUUCCUGGUGUUCCUUUACUGUAAGUGCUUGUGGCAGGGCCUAAAGUUUAUCAUAAGAAAGGUGACAGGACGAUGUGAGCUUCAACGCAUCUGUUACAAUAACAAACCUGGUGCUCGAAGGACGCUCAAGAUCGAAUCCUCACUUAAAUGUUCAAAACAUGAGCUUUUGCAGUCUGCAGUUACUGUCCAUCCAGAUUCUGUGGAAAAGACUAUUGAUGAUAUAAUAGCUCUGAAAAAAAUCAACCCAGAUACAAACCCACAACUUGGCAUCUCUCUCCAGGCUUGCCUGCUCCAAAUCGUGGGUUAUCGAAACCUAGUUGUGGAAGUGGAGAAACUGCGUAGAGAGCCGUAUGAUUGUGAUAACCCAGCACAUGAGGAGAUGCUCAUGAAGCUGUGGAAGGAACUGCGUCCUGAUUCUCCUCUCUCUGGACGCAUCUCAAAGCAAUGGUGUGAAAUUGGUUUCCAAGGAAACGACCCCAAGACUGAUUUCAGGGGCAUGGGUCUCUUAGGUUUGCACAACCUACUGUAUUUUGCAGAGCAUGACAAAGCAACUGCUCUACAAGUUCUUCAUGACUCCUUGCAGCCCAAACAUAGCAAGAUGAGCAAAGCUGAGUGGGAUAAGAAGAAAUUUGACAAAGCGAUUGGAUACUCUUUUGCCAUAGUUGGCAUUAACAUCACGGAUCUGGCAUAUUCCCUGCUGGUGAGCGGAGCGCUGAAGACUCAUCUGUACAACGUCGCGCCAGAGAUGCCAAGUCUGGUGCACUUUCAGCAGACCUUCUGUUAUCUGAUGCAGGAGUUUCACAAGUUCUGGAUCGAGGAGGAUCCAUGUGACAUCAUGGAGUUCAACCACGUGCGCACCAAGUUCUACAAGCGUAUCGUGAAGCAGCUGAAGAACCCUGAUAUGGCGCUGUGUCCUCAUUUCACUGCCUCUGACCUCCACCUGGUCAACCUGUAGCUUCUCAUCCAUCUGAAUUCUGACCCUUUCAGCUUUCCAUCCUUAUAGCCUUCUUAGAGUCGCGGUUGUACACUGUAAAAAGUGAAGAGUUGAAUCAACUUAAAAAAAGUACUUUAAUUGGUAACACCUAAAAAUCUCUCUCUCUUAAAAUUUUAGGUGAUACCAAUCAAAGUAAUUUUUGAAGUAGAUCCAACUUCUUACUUUUUACAGUGUAUCUCAUUACUAUCAACUGCUCACACAUUCUCACUUGUGUCUUUUUCAUACACAAACACACAUUUUCACACCCAUGUCUUAUUAUAUCUCUCUUUGAAGAUACAACCCACUAACUAAAGAUCAACAGCACCGCUGGAGACCGUGUUGAUUGUAUGAGCAAAUAGCAACAGUCACAUUUAGUUUUCACACUGAUAUUCUAGACACUGUAUGUUAAGUCUGAACCACGCACCCUUCAGGAUCUUUCAGGGAUGCAAACUUGUCACCUUUCGGCGAAAUUUGCCAUUUUGGAUCCAAAAUAGGUCAUUAUUGUGAUUUGUCUAGAUCCAAUACAUUUGUGAAAAUGGGGGUCUGUGAGGUCAGUCUUUGGACAGGGUCACGUUAACACAGUUUGGGGAGUGACAACCGCAGUCAUCACAUUUAUGGAGAAGCCUUGCUGUGUAAACGGAACACAGCAGUCCCGUCACUCUCUGUCACUGUGUUAAUGUAGAGUUAAUGGAGAGAUGAUGGCAUUCGUAAUGCUUUGCACAGCUGAUCUCCCCUCACAAUAGCUGCGCUACAGUAUAAUGUGAUAUUCUACACAAAAGCGUUCAUAGAUGUCAUCAUCAUCAAUGGCAAAUUGUGUGUGCUUUGUUUUUUUUUUGUUCAUCAAUGCACAUAAAAUAAUACUUAAAGGGAUAGUUCACCCAAAAAUGAAAAUUCUGUCAUCAUUUACUCAGCCUGAUGUUGUUACAAACCUGUUUAAUUUUGUUGUUUUGAUAAACACAAUGAAAUGUUUGUAACCAAGCCCUUUGUGGACCCCAUUCACUUCUAUAGUAGGAAAAAAGAAUACCAUGAAAGUAAAUGGGGUCCACGAACGGUUUUGUUCUAAACAUUUCUCAAAAUAUCUUCCUCUGUGUUCAUCAAAACAACAAAAUUUAUACAGGUUUGCAACAACAUGAGGCUGAGUAAAUGAAAAUUUUCAUUUUUGGGUGAACUAUCCCUUUAAUGUUGUUGUACAGCGCUACCUACAUUGUGAAAAAAUACUUUGUUGAUAAAGGUGCAUUCUUCAAAUUUACAUCAUUCACUGUCAUGGGUUUAACAGUUGCUUGUUUAUAUUCAUUCAUACUGUAGUAGAGCUGGGACUGUGUGAACAGAACAUAUCCCAACACCUUUAUCUUUUAUCAGACCCUGGACUAUCCAUUUAUGUUUACUGAAUAUUAUUAAAAACAAAUUUUUACUAAUAAUAAUAAUAUAUAUAGUUUAAAUAAUUUAUAUAUAAACCACUGACGAGUUUGCACCCCUGACGUGCCGUGGAGAGGGGAACUCUCUCAGGACAGGGCUCCCUAUCCACCAGUAGGUAGAGCUGUUGGCACAUAUUAUGUAAGACAAUAGGCGAGAGUGUAAAUCCACAUCAACUGCAUUAGGCUACACUGAUGUUUGUAUUUAGUAUCAUAUGCACUUUGAUCUACAGAUGUCUUUUAGUGGCAAUUCUGGGAACUAUUUGAUAAAGAGGCUGAACCUUUUUUAGGGAACCAUUUCUGCCUGCUGAACGAGAUGAUCAUUCAUAUUCACCAUCACUUUCAUAUUCUAUGUGUCCAUAUUCUUCAAUCAAAGAGUUACACUACAUGUUGCCAAGAAGCAUAGCAUAAAAUAUUCAUUUGCCAAAUAUAAGAUAAUGUGUGUUUUGUGAAUGUUAUCGUGCAGAGCACAUGAUUGUUUUGACAAAAUAAUCAUAAUGUAUUAGUGUUGAUGUGAAAAAUAUGGAAUGUUUCAUUUUUCUGUUUUAGCACCAAAGCAAUAAGUGACAUUUGGAGGUUAAUUACUGUAGUUAGUUAAACAGCCUUGUUUUUCCUUUACUGUCAGUUGCGUUAUUAAAACCAUAAUUAGCAUAAUAAAUGUACAGCUAUGAAGCUUAGCCUCUUCGUGUCUGAUAAUUCAGGCUCGCUUUAGUCUAUAAUUUGUGUUUUUAAGGCUUGAUCUUUAUUUUGCAUUUUUUUCUGUUAACAUUAUGGGCGGUCACAGGGUUUGCAUGAUGAUUAUGUUUGGUCUGCAGAAAAUUGUGUUACCAGAAUGUCACUUCCAUUGAAAGUAAUGUUGUUAUGUGCAAUGAAUGUCAAUGCUACUGACAGUGUUCGCAGCUUUAGUUGAACUGUGUUUUCACAUGAUUUUUAAGAUGUAAAGUAUAAAAUGAAUUUGAUAGAUUUCUCAUUGUGGCACUUUUACAUGUGAGACAAAAGCACUUGCUUGUACAUAACGCCUUGGAGGUGGAAUACAUUGAAACAUUAUUAAAGCGCAUUAUUAUGCAUGGCUGAAUUUUU